AGGUCAUUUGCCAUUUAUUGGGGUGGUUUUUUUUGGUGGUUGUUUUGGGGAUGUUUCUGUGUGUGUGUGUUGGGGGGGGGGGGGGGGGGCGCUGGGAACCCAUUUGUCUAGGCAGACACGAAGGACAUAAAAGACCUAAGGCUCUCGUCUUCCACCCCACUUCAGCCAGGUCCCAAUUCCCAACUUUGCCAGGUUCAAUCGCGCCGGCGUCGUCUCCUAUCGAUUAUGGCAGCAGCAGCAUCAACAUCAACCAUCACCAGAGUGCCCGUGGCAGCUUGUAGUAGCAUUUCUUUUUCUGAAACGAAAAGACGAAUUCAACCUACUCGACUGACAACUACCGAUAGAAUAAGACUCCCAGCACAACGAUUCUCUCGAACCCCGAAAUGUCAUUUCACGACAGUAUCGUGUCUCCCUCCUGCGCCGCUGCCGUUGUCCAAAACCCAUUUCAAUCCCUCCACCAGGCUCUUUGUCAGCGGGCUGUCGUUUCGUACCACAGAGGAGAGCUUGACAAAUGCCUUCAAAGCUUUUGGCGAGCUCUUAGAAGUGAACUUGGUAAUGGAUAAAAUCGCUAAUCGACCGAGAGGUUUUGCAUUCAUUCGCUAUGCUACGCAGGAGGAAUCUCAGAAAGCCAUUGAGGGGAUGCAUGGCAAGUUCCUGGAUGGCAGGGUAAUAUUUGUUGAAUUUGCUAAAAGUAAAUCAGAGCUUCGCCAAAGCCUCAAGCAAAAGCCAAAAUUGACUUGAUGGGUAAGAUAUAUGAUCACACUGGAUUAGGCCCCAAAGCCCUGAAUCUUUUUGAAGAAACGUCUCGGAAGACUGGCUGAACCUGUGUGUUUACAACUACCAACCUGCAGUCAAAUUCAACUAGCAACAUCGUUUAAGAAUCCCCAAAUAAUGGAAGAUGUGAAUGAUAUCUAAGCCAGCUAUUUGAGAUGUAAGCUGCGAUUCCUGGCCAUGUCUACUCUUAGCAAUCUGAAUGUCAUUUUACCACGUUCCACAUGGUGAAUUGGUUGUAUGUGGGUAGAAGAGCAAAAGGGAAUCAUCAAAUUUCUCUCCAGACAAGCAUUUACAAAGUUGAAAUAAACACUAGAAUUUGCUGGAGUCCAGGCAAGGUUUUAUAUGUGAUCAUACACGUUCUUCUCUGUCUCCCUAAUCGAGUAAUUUUGAUGUUUAUACAUGCUGUACCAGUCAGUUUAACAGUUUCCCUUGAUAGAAUUCAAUUACAGCAAAGCGGAUGUAGCGAAUUUAAAUAUUUUUACGAGAUCAUCUAGAGAAUCAGUGAACCAUUGGUUACUGUAGCAAGUAACGUUUCUGGUGAAGACCAAGGACAUAGCUUUCUUCACUCUUUUCCUUUGAAAUGGACAUACCUCCUGCUUGCUGC